AUGGUACUCUUAAGCUCCUCCACAGUCGCGACACUCUUCAUUUCAGCCAUCACCUGCCUAUGCACGUUUGGCAUUUUUAUAGCGGGGUACGCGCUACAACAGCAUUCAGUACGAAAUAUAGAGAGAGACUUCCGGUCGCUAGAUUCGAUGCAAGCAGACUAUGAACAUAUGACAUACGAUACCAAUAAGGAACAAUCGAUACUAGACCCUGAGACUGGUGAGCUAGCAACAUUGAAUCAAGGCAACUUCGCAUACUUGCAGCUUCUCUCCGAACCGAAUCCUGCCAGUAUCUGUUCGACAAUCGCGCUUUACAAGAAAUUGGUCGAAGGCGGCUCGACGAUACAGGAUCGCCUGUUCAUGUACCCGCAGGAAUGGGACUUGAUCAUGUCCACGGAUCCCGUCAUCAAUAAGGCAUUAUCUUUUCUACGAGAAGCAAGCAAGAAAUAUAGCUUCUGGCUAUUACCUAUCGAUAUGCACGUCAUCAUCGAGCAAGGAUAUUCGCUUACAGACUCGAAGCUACUCCGCAUAGGUGAGCUUCAAUUCAUGGCGUACGACAGUGUUCUAUACCUCCGAACGCCGGGUCUGUUAUUAAACGCACAAGAACUUGACAAAAUAAUCCUGACGCGCCCGCUUCCCAUGAAAUAUGAACCCACGCGUCAAGAGUCGUAUCGAAAUGCGGCUUGGAUCGGUAUGCCUUUACGCGCCCAUGACGAAGCGAAGAUACCGCCCGUAUAUCUAUUAUCAGUGAAUACAAUGCGAAAUAGGGUGGAGGCACGCACGCACGUCCCCAACGUGGCUCUUCGAGGAUUUGGAGAUCUUGCUGCUGGGCCGAAUUUCGUAAAGGUCACGGGCAAGGAUCCAGCAUACGUGUUUUUUGAUUGGGACGAGGAUGGUCGAAUACAGCAGGAGAAUAAUACGUAUUAUGAUCAGUGGACACAGGAAGUGAGUAAGGUUUGUGGAGGAAUUGAUUUGAGGUUUUACUGA